UUCAGUUCCGGGCCAAUCGUUGGAAGUACUUAUGAACGCCGGUUUCAGUUCAACGCGAACUGGAUUCUCGGAUGAUUCGCGUAUCCUGCAUCCAUGGCGAUGUCUAUCUGUCGUCGCUGUAGAGCAUGCGAGCGUUCGAAUGGAAUGGUGGCCGAUUGAAUCGCUUUGUAACAGCUUCUAGGUCCCAACCAGCCAGCUAGCUCAUCCUCAGCGGCAACUGACGGCCAUCGACGGAAAGACCCGGGUGCACCGGACCUUUCUGGGGCGAACGGGUCAUCGGAUUGCGCCUGUGGGAGAGACUGGUAUGAUUAUAUGAGCAGUUUGACUGGCCCCGGUUCCCAAUGGGACACGGCGACUGCUCUCGAGUUACCAAUGAGCAUUCAAAGCGACUCGUGUGCCGUAUGUGCAUCUCGACGUCCGGUGAGAGCCAACGGGAUACGAGAUGCUGCGACAAAUCCCUUUGACAAAUCUGGGAUCGCUGUGGAUCGCGAGGACCUCGCUCGCUACGAGCGUCCC